AAGAUUUUGGGCGGAGUAAACACUUCCUCUGUUUGUCAACAGUUACCACUUCCACAAAGUCAUAAACCCUGCCUAUUUCUAUAAUUUAUCUUCUUAACAUGUGAUGUUAAACCAAACCAUAACCACACUGCUAACUCUAACUAAUUGUUGUUUUCAUGGAUUUUAACGAUAUAGCUCAUUUUGAGGCUGUGGUAACCUUCCUUUCAGCAAACCCCACAUUUCCCAUCAGCCACCACAAUAUUCAUAGGCGCUCCAUUGAAGGUAUUUCUCAUUUUGUACUAAGGACUAACCACCCAGUUAAGCGUUAGAUUAAAAGCUUCACAAUGUCCGAGCUUUUUAUGGAAUGUGAGGAAGAGGAGCUGGAGCCAUGGCAGAGACAGACACCAGAAGUUAAUUUGUUGGGCGACGGUAAACAUGAUGAUGGCGACGACGACGAUGAACCUAUAUUUGUUGGGGAGCUUAGUACUUCAAAGGGCACCACUAUUAACGCCAGACCAACAAACAACCAAAGAAAUGUGAAGACCACCCCAGUUCAAAGUGGCGGAGUUGGAAGACCAAGAGCCUCUAGGAUGACAAUGACACACAACUCCCCCCAAGCUCAUAUCACUCGGGGUCCAGUUCCACAGAACAUCAUAAUUCCUGGGAAAGGGUUGAACAAUGCACCUCGACCCUUAACAGCAGUACCACCACAGCCCAUCAUUAUCAACAACCAGGGUUACAUUAUGACCACACCACAGUUAUCGGCCAACUCAGCUUUCCUCGCUUCCCUUGGGAAACAGUAUCCCCCUGGGACAUCUUUCACUGUGGUUCCAGCAGGCCAGCAGCACAUUCUGCAGCAGAUGACUCCAGCAGCAGGCCAGCAGCACAUUAUGCAGCAGGUGACUCCGGGGAAGCCUUUACCUGGGGUUAUCCACAGGCCUCAAGUGCACAUGAUCCACAACAACGUAGUGACCUUGUCCAAUGUGCAGGGCCCCGCUGCAUUGUCUUCCCAGCCCAACCGCCCAAAUUCUACCAACCUCCAGAUUGUGUCCCCAGUUAUUCAAGCCAAAGGCAACAGCUGGGACUAUGGCAAACGAGGUUUACCUCAAGACCAAAACAGCACAGCUAAAAAAGCAAAGCAGGACAUCGGGUCUCCCCACACCCAGGAGAUAUUAGAAAAUGGAGCACGUUUUUGUAAAAAAUGUCCAAAGUGUAAAUUUGAUUUCUACCAACAAGUUGUCAUGAAAGACCACAUGGUGAAAUGUUGUCCUCACCUGUUGGAGUGUGUCUUCCCCUCAACCCCAAAGUCUACUUACCUUUUUGCAAGCAAGCGCAUCAUGCUUGUCACAGACUUCUACUAUGGUAGAUUUGAGGGAGACAAACCCAAAUCGCAGCAGCAGAAGACCCCAUUUACCUAUAAGUGCCAGAGCUGUUUGAAAGUACUCAAGAACAACGUCAGGUUCAUGAACCACAUGAAGCACCAUCUGGAGCUGGAGAAGCAGAACAGUGAGAGCUGGGAAAGCCACACUACCUGCCAACACUGCUACCGGCAGUACUCAACCCCAUUCCAGCUGCAGUGCCACGUUGAGAGUGCCCACAGCAUGGUCGAAUCUUCAACCAAUUGCAAGAUAUGUGAAUUAGCCUUCGAGUCUGAGCAAGUGCUCCUGGAACACAUGAAGGACAAUCACAAGCCUGGCGAGAUGCCCUAUGUCUGCCAGGUGUGCAACUACCGGUCUUCAUUCUUUACCGAUGUGGACACACACUUCCGUACGGUGCAUGAAAACACAAAGGAUCUCCUUUGUCCGUUCUGCCUUAAAGUUCUUAAAAGUGGUCAUGUCUACAUGCAGCACUAUAUGAAGCAUCAGAAAAAAGGAAUUAAUCGUUGUGGGAAAUGCAGGCUGAAUUUCCUCACCUACAAGGAGAGAGUGGAUCACAAGACUCAGCACCAUAAGACUUUCCAAAAACCCAAAGCUCUGGAGGGCCUUCCUCCUGGAACCAAGGUGACUAUCCGGGCCUCUCUGACCGGGCCAUCUCCCAGUUCCACCCAUGCUGCUGAAAAAUCCAGUGUCAGUGUCAUACCAGAGGUCUCAGGCAUGAAGGUAGCCAAUGUAAAAGCACAGAGCAGUAUAUCUACCACACAGGGCAGCAGUGGGGGGAAAGGCAAGGCCACAGUGAGCAAGAAGCUCCUCAAGCAGCAGAAGAACAACCAUGUGUUGCAGAGUCUCAGUAUUGGCGAAAGAAGACACACCUGCAUUGAGUGCUACUCGGAGAUUCAUGACUUCUAUAGUCACUAUCCCAUGGUUGCAAUUUGUGGUGCGUGCAAGUAUCGGACAAGUUGCAAAACUUCAUUUGGAAACCAUAUGAUAAGGUUCCAUAGUGCCAUCUCAAAAGAGAGAUUCCGGAAAAUGAGGAAAAUCCCAGUUGUCCUAAGGAAUUUAACCCUUGUCUGUCUGAACUGUGACUUCCUGGCGGAUGCGCAUGGAACUGACCUCAUGAGCAAGCAUUUGAUUGACAGACCACACCACGUCUGUAAGGUCAUACUAGAGAAAGGAGAAGGUGGUGCUGUAGAUGACGGCAUUAGAGGAAAUAAGCAAGGGAUGUCUGCUCUGAUGUUCCCUGAUAUCCAGAAUGCUGAAACUGCCACAGUGAGUGGCGCUUUUGAACAAUUGCACAGCGUUCCCAGAUUGGAGGAGACCUCCAAUGUCUUGUGUAUCACCCCAGCUGCUGAAAGAGGGUAUGGGCCAGAGGCUUCAAUGAGCCAGCGGCGCAACAUGACGCACAGUCAACAGCAGAGGGUGAUCUCGGAAUUUCGACGGCAGGAAGAGCAACGAGAAGACCAGACAAAACGCAUCACUAAGGACAGACAAAUGCAAGCCAAUGUAAUGAGUGAGGAGAGACUUGAAAAGAAGCGAUACCUACGCAAGUUGCAAGACGAGCUGCACGAAAGCCAAAUUGAGAAUGCUCUCAUCAAGGCAGAGGAGGAGAGAAUAUACAAGGAAAAGCAACUGCAACAAGAGGAGAGAAUGGCACAAGAACUGGCCCGCAUCAGCUAUGAAAAGCUUAGAGAUGUAAAAAUGAGGCAAUAUAUAAAAGAGAACAGUGUUGAACUCCGUGAGUUGGAGGGGCAGCUCAAGUCUGCAUACCUAAACCGGGAGAGGGCUGCACAGAUUGCUGAAAAGGAGUCUAUGAGAUAUGAGACAGUGCGUCAGGAGGCUGAUAUUGCUCGUAAGAUGAAGAGCGAGCAUGAGCGGGCCUCUAUGGAGCAGGAGAAGCAAGACCAUAAGCGCUACGAGGAGGUGGUGCAGUACCAGCAGGAGCUGGAACAGCAGCUGGAGGAGAAAGAGCACAAGAGACAGGAGGCUUAUGAGGAGUUCCUCAAGGAGAAACUCAUGGUUGACGAAAUCGUCAGGAAGAUCUAUGAGGAGGAUCAAAUGGAGAGGCAGUUAAGACUGAAAAAGAUAACAGCCACUCAAAGGUACAUAGAGGAGUUCAAGAGCCAGCAGACUGAGUGGAGACUGAUGGAGCGGGAGAAGAUGGAGGCUGAGAACAGACGCAUCCUGGAAUUUGCCAGUUACCAGCAGCAUAAGGAGAAGAGCAGAAUGGAGAAAGUCAGAGAACGAGAGCAGGCAAAAGAACAUCUUCACCAGAUGCUCACUGAGAAGAUUGAAAUGGAGAGGCAGCAGCGUGACGAGAUGGAGCGUGUUCGUGAAGAGCUUUGUCUGGAGGAGCAAGCCGAAGCUGCAAGGCAGAAACAAAUCGAAGAUAUGGAGAAGAGAAUCAGACAGAGGCUGGAGUUGCAGCAGACCUGCCAAGAGCAAAUAGCCUUCAAGGAAAUGCGGAGGCAGGCUGAGAAGGUGGAGGAGGAGGCCUUCAGGCAGAUGAUGAUGGCCAAGUUUGCUGAGGAUGACCGCAUAGAGCAGAUGAAUGCCCAGAAACGUCGCAUGAAGCAGCUUGAGCACAAGAGGGCUGUGGAGAAACUGCUGGAGGACAGGAGACAGCAGUACCUGGCUGACAAGGAACGUGAGGCUGAAGAAAGAGCAAUGGAACAGGAGAGGGAGACAUUGCGUCGACAGAUCAUUGAGGAGGAAAGGCAAAGCCUUCUCAAACUCCAUGCCACAAAACUUCUGGGCUAUCUACCUAAGGGCAUAUUCCGGGAAGAUGACCUUGAACACUUUGAUGAGGACUUCAGAAGCAAUUUCCAAAAGCGCCAGGCCGACAUCUUUGAUGAAGAGGGCUGGGGAGAUGAUGAAUAACCACUUCCUAUACUACACCACUAGAUGGCAUUAUUGGGUAGAUGCUGUCUAGUGUUUUUUUGUGUGUAUCAAAUGGUGGAUUUCUUAUGGUGAUGGUGUACUCAAAUGUAUUAAUUUGCAAAGACUAAUUUGUAUCCCACUAUAUGCAUAUCACCACACCUUAAAUCCUAACAUGGAGGUGCAGCAAUUUUCAGUGUAAGUCAUUUGGUAAUAAAAAUAACUACACCAUUUCCUUUAUUAGGUGAUAAUGCAACUACAGUUUAAAUUGAUUUAACCCAUUAUUGUAAUAAAAUGGUAAACUUUUAAAAUACAACUGCAUUACAAAUAUAUUCUGUAUAAAUGAACAAUAACUUCCACACAAUAUUAAAGGACACAUAAUCAAUGUUGUUGCUAACCAUAAGAAUACAUUCAAGGCAAGCAGGAUUGUAUUACAUACAUUUUUCAGUAUUGCUUUAUGAUUUCCCCUAGUCAAGAGCUUUCAUGAAUCCCUCUUCUGUAAAUGACAACAUCUUGGCAGCUUCUAAAUGCAUCUGCUCAAGCAAGAGGAAAAAUAUGUGCGUUUGAUAAGGAGAAAUACCAAUAAUGAUACUGCCUUGUAAUAAUUACUUGCAUUUAAUAUGAGGACUUUUUGCCUUUUCAGUAUAUCAAUCAGUUUGAGUUGUUUUUAAAAACCCACUAUCAGUUCAGCUUUUUGCUUUUCCAGCUUCUUGUUUUUGGCUUUUAAUGUCUUUAUUUUUUUAUGCUCCUGGUUUGCUGUGUCCUUUUGGAAAGGAUUGACAUAAAACACGUUUAUUUAACCUGGGUUAUACAAGUGACAGAAGCAAAACUUGAAAACCAAAAUCUGAACUAUACUAAUAGCAUGGCACUAUCUAUCAAUACAAUUUAGUGUAAAUGAUUGAUGUGAUCACUAAAUGCACUGAUAGGUGGUUUAAUUUACCUUGCUCGUCUGCUUGAGUUUGGUCAGUUGUGUCUUGGACCUCUCAACUUCCUCCGACACUCUGUUCAGUCUAACCUCCACGGCACUGUGAUUGGUUGCUGCCUGUUUUUGUGCUCUCUUCAAACCCUCGAUUUCUUUUGUUAAACACACACGGGGGCAAGCUAAAUCAGUAAAAUAAUUUUGUGUAAUGUUUUUAUAGCGCACCAACACACAUUUUCAAAAGCACUGUAAUGAUAAUGGUAAUAUUUGGUUAGAUGGCUACAAAAACUGACUGUCAUCACAUUUACUUAUUAAUUUUACAUUUCAGAAAUUAAAUGUGAAUAGUUAUAAUUUAAACCGAUAAUUUUUGUGACUAAGCAAUAGGAAGCCAUCAACCAUUCAUUCUUCUUUUCUUUGGGAGUGGACAUACACUAAGUGUACAAAACAUUAGGAACACCUGCUCUUUCCAUGUCAAACUGACCAGGUCCCAUGCUUUUGUUCAAUCUUUACUAACGACAUGCCACUGGCUUUGAGUAAGGCCAGUGUGUCUAUGUAUGCGGAUGACUCAACACUAUACUCGUCAGCUACUACAGCGACUGAAAUGACUGCAACACUUAAAGAGCUGCGGUUAGUUUCAGAAUGGGUAGCAAGGAAUAAGCUAGACCUAAAUAUUUCCAGAACUAAAAGCAUUGUAUUUGGGACAAAUCAUUCACUAAACCUCAACUGCGUCUCGUAAUGAAUAAUGUGGAAAUUGAGCAAGUUGAGGUAACUAAACUGCAUGCUAACCCUGGAUUGUAAACUGUCAUGGUCAAAACAAACACAAGGAUACAACAGUAGCUAAGAUGGGGAGAAGUCUGUCCAUAAUAAAGCGUUGCUCUACCUUCUUAACAACACUAUCAACAAGGAAGGUCCAACAGGCCCUAGUUUUGUCACACCUAGACUACUGUUCAGUAGUGUGGUGUCAUGACGUUGGCCUGUUGGGGGAGGUUUAUGACCCCCAUAAAUACCUUUCCCCUUUUCCCUCUCUCUACUUUAUAGAGUUGACUCUUGUAAAGCCUUUGUAACAUAGAGUCUGGUAACAUCGAAAGGUGGGAAACGGAACCAUAUUUCGGUAAUCCAACCAGUUGAAAAUAUGCGUUUGUACUUAAUGAAUAUGAUCUCAGAUCAGUUGUUGUCUGAGAUAUUACUACUAAUGACAGGAUGACAUAAACUGUAUCUUGGAAAGUCGACACAUUCUAGUUAUCAGAUUCACAUGGAAUUGUUGUGCAAUUUAAAUGUUUAAAUAUGAAAGUAUUUGUGAAAAGAUUAAAUGUAAUUUUAGCUUCUUAAAUGAGAGAAUGGUUUGUCAUAGAGAAACUCUGCUCACUCAGAGGCCCCACCCAAGUGAACAGAAUUUGGUUGUAAACUAUGAAACACGCCCUUCUUUCACCACUAUAUAAACCCGUUGAGGAAAAUUCAACUUGCUGUUCCGAGGACGACGGUCCUACGUUAAAAGGGCUCAGAUAAUAUCCUAACGAAAUUAGCAUUGUGUUCAAUGUGAAGGUGACGGUCGACACGCCGAAAGGAUUUCAACUAUACCAGCCAGAAUAUAGCAUGAGCUUACAAGUAUGGCAACUUGGUAUGAACUUUGAACUCUUAUUCACUCCAGAAGUGAUACCUCCUAGCCGUUGAGUUAGCAGCAGCCGCUGUAAACGUGGGCUAGGAAAGGACGAACGACGUAUUCAAUCUAACACGCACAACGAUACUACAACGUAUCCAGUUUACCACCAGAGACAUUCUUCAGAGGACAAGAGAUCCCUGCUGGGCAUCCCAGCCUUCCAUCUACGACCAACCUAUUGAAGAGUAAAUAUUUAUUGCAUUUUCCUUUUUCCAAAUGGGCGGUUAUUUAGAAUCCAUAAGACUCUGUAUUUACGAUAGCAUAGCUUCUCCCUUUUGUUACUCAGUCUUCCCGCUCUUUCAUUCAAAACCCAGCCCCCUUUCUUUGUGUAACCAGCCGUCAUAUCUGUUCCGUCCACUAGGGAUGUUUUCCUUUAUGACAUAAUUUGUAAUCAAUGUGUGAUCCAUUCUGGGUAGAUGUAAUUCUGUGUGAUUAUUUAGGUAUUUAGUAAAUAAAUAAUUAAACCAAA